CGCCUCUAACGCUCCCAGUGGUGUGGAAACGCGCCUAUGCAGCUAUCGCGACAGCUUGAUACGCUCAAACACACACAAAACAUCCGGGGAACUCGCGGACGCCAUGUUUAGCUCAGCGCUGGGCGAACUAUCCCCUGUCCUUACACCCAUCCAACAGCAAAAAUUCGCGCCUCUUAACGAAGACGACCUGUCGCUUUUUGCCCUAUAUCCACUACGGCGGCCGCCCACGAUUGGACCAGACUCAAAGGACCAUCCCGCAUCUGCACCUCGAACAGGCGGGACCAUGGCACCGUGGGUAGCGCCAACACUAGACCCCGAUACCCGCCUGGUGUUGGCGAGCAUUUUCAAGGCAGAAAUGUACGUGACUUGCUGUCGUCAGCGCUGCGUCUGCACAUGUCCAUGGCGUGCUGCAUUGGCAGACUGCUCGAAACGGGAGGACGCUAUGAGCUUAAGGAUGUGAUAGAUCACCUCUCGAGGCCUUGACAUGCAGCGCCCCACACCGGUUACAUGGCCGACUGAUUAUCAAGGUGCGCGUAUCUGGAACACGAGGCAAUACUACUUCUACCACAUCAUGGGAACGCGACGAGUAGUACGUAUCAGAGUGACGACCUCCAUCGGCGACAAUCUUGGUGUUACCCGAGAGACGUUGUUGAAGAAAAGUCGUGUAACAUCAUGUAACCUUCUCGGCGGCUACAACCCAGCUCAAGAUGCAGUCUAAAGUCUAUACUCAUCAAGUACUUUUGUCCACCUCACGC